UGUGACAUGUGACAGUGACAUAUGGUUUGUGUUUACGUUUGUAUGCUAAAAUUGUUUAGGAAAAUUGUAAAGUUCGUUUAUAAAAGUUUUGUGUUUAAUAAUAAUUCAUAAAUGUAGAUAUGUCAGAAAAAAUACUAGACAGCCACGGUUGGAAAUUCGAGGCAGAAGCAAUAAUAAACGAUAUUAAAGAUCAUGUGAAUGCAGUUGUUAUAUCAGAGAAAAUUCCCAGUACGGACAGUUGUAUUUUUCUAAAUCUAGUAACCAUUGAAGACAAAAACUAUUGUAUUCAAAUAUCAGCUUUGGGUUUUAAGAUAGUAGGUUUGAAUUUCGACGAAACCGGUUUAGACAGUGAAGAAUUUUAUGAAACACCGUACGCUUUACUCUAUAAAAUAAGUCCUGGUUUUAAAACAUCAUUCGCUAACGCUCUGUACGUAAAAUUAGAACAAAUUUGAUAAAUAAAACGGAAAUAAAUAAAUAGAGUAUUCGGUGUGAAGUUUCUGCGAUCCCCACCUAGCAACUUGAGCUACAGCUAACUUCGCAAUUUUAAAAAACAAUGACUGACAAAUGACGUUUCGCGAAUCUGAGAAAAUGAAUUAUUUAUUUGACUUAAUUUAAAGGUAAAGUGCGGUGAGUCAGGAGUUCCUAUGAAUAAAAUCGUAGUAAGGUGAUU